AUGAGCAUUGAUGACUUGUGGCUCCUAGAUAGGCUGGAGACAAAUGUUUUAGUAUCUUACAUCGGUCAAGAUUGCAACGAAAUCCCAGAAUUCCUGGGGAGAGAAUAUGGAUACAUUGCAAAAAGGCUGGAUCUUAGCUUCAACUUGUUAAGGUCACUGGAAGGACUAGAGACAUUUAGCGGCUUGGAAGAGCUCAUCUUGGACAACAAUCUCCUCGGGAAUGACCUCCGGUUACCCAGGUUACCACACCUCCAUACCCUGAUGCUCAACAAGAACCAAAUAUCUGAACUGGAGAGCCUGCUGGAUCACUUGGUUGAUACAGUACCUUCCUUGGAGUACCUCAGUUUGCUGGGAAAUACGGCAUGCCCAAACGAACUGGUCUGCAAAGACAAGGAUGAGGGAGACUACCAAAGGUACAGGUAUUUUGUUCUACACAAAUUAUCCAACCUGAGGUUUCUGGAUUCUCGGAAAGUAAGCAGAAGUGAACGCGAUGAGGCCAUUUUGAGGGGUGCCUUUAUGAAAGUGGUGAAACCUACAGAUACUAAGGUCUCAGCUGGUGGUGCUUCCGUAUCUCCUCGAGUGCACUAUACACCAUUGCCAUCUGGAUCAAGAGACCUCACCAACCACAGAGGUGUUUUAGGGAAAUGCCGCUAUGUCUAUUAUGGGAAGCAUUCUGAAGGCAACCGAUUCAUACGUGAUGAUCAGCUGUGAGGCAAACUGUGCGCCUGCAAAACCAUCUACACCGCACACACAGAGAAAAGCACAAAUUGCAUCCACGUCUCUAAAAGGAAAGGAAAGCAUGUGUAAACCAAAGUCCUCCAGUACCUUCUGCUGACUUUGCCAGAACUGUCAAAAUCAUCCUUCUGCUUUUGCCUGAGUAGUCACAUAGAGAUUGACAUGAUUGCCUCUAAGCAGGUCCCAUCCACCAGUGUGACAGACAGCUGCAGCGACGCACCAGGCCUGACAGGAAGAACACCAUGAUGGAUUGCCUGGCCCAAUUGCUGCUCGCAGAAGAGCAAAGGUCACACCUGGGGCCUUACUGAGCAUGCUCAGCUGCUUUUAACAAAAGC